GCAAUUUUGAGGCGGAUUCACGGUUUUUGAGCUCGUAAGGGUGCCGGCUACCAAAUUCUGGUCGCGCAAGGCAUUGCUGCCACUUAGAAGUUGUCACUCAUCGCGUCGAGUGAGCUGCAGGCACUCUCGGCACGCGUCUGCAGCCAAAACCGCCCCACAAGGCGCACGCGCUCGUUUACACUCGUCGCGCGGCUACGAGUGCUACGCGGCUGCCGCCCUUUUUCUUGCACCCGAGAGGGCCGCGACCCAGCAAUGCGCGACUUCGGCGACGACGCCGAGGCCAUUGAUGGUGAUGACGACUUCUUCGACGGCGUCGACGAUUUUAGCGACGAUGAUGGAGUAAGGCACGACGGCUGGAGAGAAGACGAGCCCGACACAAUAAACGUAGAGCAGACGAGCCCCUUACCAGCCCCAGCAUCGCUAGAAUCGGCGGGCGAGAUCGAGGACGACGAUGAUGAUGGGGUGGUCCAGGCGGCCGCGGCCUUAGUAGGCUUCGGUGAUAAGGUAGAGGACGACGACGAUGAUGAAAGGGAGUCGUGCUUCGCGGAGUCGCCGAGGGCGCGCCAGUCCGAGACGUUCGAUAGCGACGACGAGCCAGCAGCAGUGCCGGACUUCGCCUACGAGCUACUAGCCUCAAUCGUGGCCGGCCUCGCGUGGCGCAAGGAGCAGUCCAUCCUCAUGGAGACCUUUAUAAAAUGGCUGGAGUUCGCUGGUGACGCCGCGCAGGCCUCGACGCCGCCCGCGUCGCCCUCGAAGUUCGAGGGCCGGCCGCCCCUCGCGCCCACUUAUCCUACGUCACCUGUGAACGAGGACCUGUCCGAGGCGAAGCGUGCCGUCCUGACGAGAGCGAGAGCCGUCGCGGCGGCCGAGGCUGAUGUGGUGCAGCGCGAGGAGCGGUGCGCGGCCGUCGAGGCGGAUGCGGUUGAAAGGAUGGAGCGUCUGGUCAAGGCGGAGGCGGAUUUGCAGGAGCGCGAGGAAGCCGUGAGGCGGCGAGAAGAGGCGGUUGCAAGUGCGGCCGCCGAUCAAGCGAUGGCCGGCGCCGAUCUUGAUGAAAGAGAACGCAUCUUGCGGGAGAAGGAACGUCAAUUGUGCACGGCACCACCGGUAAAAGUGGAGCCCAACGAGUGGGCGGACGCCGUCGCGGCGUCGGCCGAGCACCAUCUCCGGGAAUUGUCUUUAGAGAACAAGCAGUUGAAGCGACACCAGCGGCGCACGGCGAAGCGCGGGCGGCGCAUUGCUGCCGUGCUGUUGUGGCGGAAGAUGCAUGUGCUCGAUGCGCGGACGGGGGCGCAGAAGGCGUUCGCGGCGUGGUACGUCUUCUCCCAGAACACGCAGCCGUCGACGAAGCAGAAACGAGUGAGAGCGGCACGCUUGGCCUUAGAAAGUAGGGCAGGUGCGGUGCUGGACGGCGUGCACGCCCACUACUCCGCGUCCAAGCUCGUAAAAGGUGGUUUGCGAAGGGAGCUUUCGUUAGAACGGUUCUGGGCGUUGGCAAGGGACUUCCACCUCGCGCCGGCCUUUGCGUCGUACGCGUAUCUCAUGCAUCUGGCUCGUGAUGUGUUGCGCGGGGAUUCUGCUUUAUCUCGCGAGCAGUUCGGGCGGGCCCUGGCCCAAUUAGCCUUGGAGGCGGCGGGCAAGGCGGGCGAGCCGCCGUCCGUCGCCGUCGCGCGCGUCCUGGACUGCAUGGAGACGUCGAACGGGCUGGCCAAGGUCGGGCUCUCGCGUGCGGUCAAGUUCCGGCACGGCUAAGGAUUUUUAGUUUGC